AUGCUGGGGCCUCAGCUGCUGCUGCUCCUGGCCUGCGGGGGAGCCCUGCUCAGCGCUGGUCUCAAUGACACCUCCUUUGCCCGCCCAGGCCCCCAGAGGCUGAAGGACUCCCCACAGACAGCUCUGGGCAGGGGCUGGUGCUCCACAUGGGGGGCCGGCCACUUCUCCACCUUCGACGGCCACACAUACGACUUUGAGGGGACCUGCAACUAUGUCUUUGCGGCCAUCUGUAAGGACACGUCCUCGCCCGUCUUCAGCGUCCAGCUACGGCGCGAGCCCGACGGCAACAUCACCCGGGUCAUCGUGGAGCUGGGGGCCUCCGUGGUCACUGCGCACCAGGGGGUCAUCUCCAUCAAAGACGUGGGAGUCGUCAGCCUGCCCUACACCAGCCACGGGCUGCAGAUCACCCCCUUCGGCCAGAGUGUGCAGCUGGUGGCCAAGCAGCUGGAGCUGGAGCUGGUGGUCGUGUGGGGCCCAGGUGCCCACCUCAUGGUCCUGGUGGAGGACAGGCACAUGGGAAGGAUGUGCGGGCUCUGCGGGAACUUCGACGGCAAGAGGAACAAUGAGUUCCUGAGCGAGGAUGGCACGCUCCUGGAGCCCCACAAGUACGCUGCCCUCCAGAAGCUGGACGACCCCAACGAGAUCUGCACCCACGAGGCCAUCCCCAGCCCCCCGGUCCUGAAGGCGGAGCAUGCCCAGAUCUGCACCCAGCUGCUGGCCCUGGUGGCCCCCCAGUGCCGCGUGCCCACGGAGCCGUUCCUAUGGAGCUGCCAGGCCGACCUGGCCGCGUGCGCCCAGCCCGGCCAGCGGAGCUGCGCCUGCGCCACGCUGUCCGAGUACUCGCGCUACUGCAGCCUCAGCGGCCAGCCAGUCCGCCGCUGGCGGGGCCCCAGCCUCUGCCCCCUGGGCCAGUGCCCGGCCAACCAGGUGUACCAGGAGUGUGGUGAGGCCUGCGUCAAGACCUGCUCCCACCCACAGCACAGCUGCGCCCAGUUUUGCACCUUUGGCUGCUUCUGCCCUGAAGGUAUGGUUCUUGACGACACUUCCAGAAACCUCACCUGCGUGCCCGUGGACCAGUGUCCCUGCAAGAUCGGGGGCGUGACCUACGCCCCCGGGGAGGUCACUGCAGACGCCUGCCGCACCUGCCAGUGCUCCAUGGGGCGCUGGCAAUGCCAGGAGCGGCCCUGCCCCCAGCCCUGCGCCCUGGAAGGCGGCUCCUUUGUGACCACGUUCGACGCCAGACAUUAUCGCUUCCACGGCACAUGCACCUACAUCCUGCUGCAGAGCCCUCAGCUCCCUGACGGGGGCUCCCUCAUGGCCACAUACGACAAGUCUGGGUACUCACACUCGGAGACCUCCCUGGUGGCGCUCACCUACAUGUCCAGCCAGGACAAAAUCGUGAUUUCCCAGGACGAGGUCAUCACCAACCACGGAGACAUCAAGUGGCUGCCAUACAAGACCGGCAACAUCACGGUCUUCAGGCAGACGUCCACCCACCUGCAGAUGGCCACCACCUUCGGGCUGGAGGUCCUGAUCCAGCUGCAGCCCGUGUUCCAGGCCUACAUCACGAUGGGGCCCCAGUUCCGAGGCCAGACCAGAGGGCUCUGCGGCAACUUCAACGGGGACACGACAGACGACUUCACGACCAGCAUGGGCAUCGCCGAGGGCACUGCCUCCCUCUUUGUGGACUCCUGGCGGGCAGGGAACUGCCCGGCCGCCCUGGAGCGGGAGACUGACCCCUGCUCCAUGAGCCAGCUCAACAAGCUGUGCGCGGAGACCCACUGCUCGGUGCUGGUGAACCAGGGCACGGUGUUCGAGAAGUGUCACACCCUGGUGAACCCCAAGCCCUUCUACAAGAGGUGCGUGUACCAGGCCUGCAACUACGAGGAGACCUUCCCGCACAUCUGUGCCGCCCUGGGGGCCUACGCCUACGCCUGUGCCUCCAGGGGCCUCCUGCUCCGGGGCUGGAGAAGCAGCGUUGACAACUGCACCAUCCCCUGUGCGGGCAACCAGACGUUCAGCUACGACAGCCGGGCCUGUGGCCGCACAUGCCUCUCACUGUCCGACCGUGCCGCCGAGUGCCGCCCUGGUGCCAUCCCCACGGAAGGCUGCAACUGCCCCGAGGGCACCUACCUGAACCACAGGAUGGAGUGUGUGCAUAAGGCCCAGUGCCCCUGCCUCCUGGACAGCCACAAGCUCAUCCUGGCCGGCCAGUCCGCCGUGGUCAACGGCGCCCUCUGCUACUGCAGGAACGGGCGGCUGAGCUGCCCUGACCAGCCGCAGAUGCUCCUGGCGUCCUGCGUGGCCCCCAAGACAUUCCAGUCCUGCAGCCAGUCCUCUGGGAACAAGUUCGGGGCGGCCUGUGCCCCCACGUGCCAGAUGCUGGCCACCGGCACCCCCUGCGUGCCCACCAAGUGCGAGCCCGGCUGCGUCUGUGCCGAGGGGCUCUACGAGAACGCCAGUGGGCAGUGCGUGCCCCCCGAGGAGUGCCCGUGCGAGUUUGGGGGGGCCUCCUACCCCCAGGGCGCCAAGCUGCACACCAGCUGUAAGAGCUGCACCUGCUCGAGGGGGAAGUGGUUGUGCCGCCAGAGCGCCCACUGCGCGUCCACCUGCACGCUCUACGGGGAGGGCCACGUGGUCACCUUCGACGGGCAGCGCUUCGUGUUUGAGGGCAACUGCGAAUAUAUCCUGGCCACGGACGGCUGUGGCACCACCUCCCAGCCCACCUUCAAGAUCCUGACGGAGAACGUUGUGUGUGGAAAAUCAGGCGUGACCUGCUCCCGGGCCGUCAGGCUCUCCCUGGGGGGCCUGUCCAUCGUGCUGGCGGACAGGAACUACACGGUCAGCGGGGCAGACCCCCGCGUGCACUUCCGGGUCAAGGCGGGCUCCCUGAACCUGAUGCUGGACAUCACCAUCGGCAGCAGCUACAACCUGACCCUCAUCUGGAACAAGCACAUGACCGUCUCCAUCACGAUCUGGCGCGCCUCGCAGGACGGCCUGUGCGGCCUGUGCGGCAACUACAACGGGAACAUGAAGGACGACUUUGAGACGCGCAGCAAGUACGUGGCGUCCAGCGAGCUGGACUUCGUGAACUCCUGGAAGGAGAGCCCGCUGUGCGGCGACGCCAGCUACUCGGUGGACCCCUGCAGCCUCAACGCCUUCCGCCGCGCCUGGGCCGAGCGCAAGUGCAGCAUCAUCAACAGCCAGACCUUCGCCGCCUGCCACAGCCAGGUGUACCGCCUGCCCUACUACGAGGCCUGCGUGCGUGACACCUGUGGGUGCGACACCGGGGGGGACUGUGAGUGCCUGUGUGACGCUGUGGCUGCCUACGCCAAGGCCUGCCUGGACAAGGGCGUGUGUGUGGACUGGAGGGCCCCCGACUUCUGCCCUAUCUACUGCGACUUCUACAACUCCCACGCGCGAGUGGGCGGAGGCCAGUUCCAGUACACCCAGGAGGCCAACUGCACGUGGCACUACCAGCCGUGCCUCUGCCCCCAGCAGCUACACAGCUUCCCGGACACCAACACUGAAGGCUGCUACAACUGCUCCCGGGACGAGUACUUCGACUAUGACAAGGGGACAUGCACGCCCUGCGCCACGCCCACAGCCACACCCACGGCCACGCCCACGGCCACGCCCACGGCCUCAGCCCCCUCCUCCACACAGGCAGAACCGACCAUCUCCUCCGGAGAAGGCAUGUGGGACUUCCGGGGCACAGGGAGCACAGGACAGCCCACCCCACUCACCCCAGACAGCAGCACCCCCUGCCGGCUGCCCAAGGACCAUGAGGGAACAUGCCAUGGGUUCUGCCCAGUCACCUCGAACGACCAUCGCCGUCACCACGCAAGCCGCAUCAGGGCCAGGCCCCACAGCCACUCCCAGGUCAACGGCCACGGGACCUACCGUAACACAGGCCACAACGCAGCCCACAGCAUCCGUCAGCACAGCCACGCAAACCACAGCUCGGUCCACAGUGCACACCACAGCGGCAUGGUCGACACCACCACCAAGAACCUCCACAGGCACUCCCCAAAUACAGGUCCACCCACAGGAACCUCCUUCAAGACCACCAGCCUCUACCCCACUGCAUCUCCAUCCAACACCACUCAUUCCACUCAUGUUCCCAAUACGGCCACCUCCUCGGUCACUCCCACUACUCAACGAGUCAUCACGCCAACCCAACCAGAGUCCCACCCUCCUCACGCCUCCACGGUCAGGCCAACUGGCAGCUCUCCUCCAACGACACACGUCACAGGCACUGUGUCCUCACCCUCGACCCCACCAGGAACCAUGACCACCACUGGGACCACCCUGGGCCCUCACUCUGUCAGCACCGCCAAAACCUCUACCUCCCUCGGAUCCCAUUCUUCUGCACCUGCCCACUCUGGGACCACAUCUGCUCCAGGCACCACCAUCUCCCACAGGACCACCAGUAGAGCCCCGGGGACCCCAGGCUCACACACCGCCACACCCACACCCAACAAACCACACACUCCCUUCACCACUUACUCUGCACCCACCGGUUCCGUGUCAACCGCCUCCCACAGUACAGGUCCACCCACAGGAACCUCCUUCAAGACCACCAGCCUCUACCCCACUGCAUCUCCAUCCAACACCACUCAUUCCACUCAUGUUCCCAAUACGGCCACCUCCUCGGUCACUCCCACUACUCAACGAGUCAUCACGCCAACCCAACCAGGGUCCCACCCUCCUCACGCCUCCACGGCCAGGCCAACUGGCAGCUCUCCUCCAACGACACAUGUCUCAGGCACUGUGUCCUCACCCACGACCCCACCAGGAACCAUGACCACCACUGGGACCACCCUGGGCCCUCACUCUGUCAGCACCGCCAAAACCUCUACCUCCCUUGUAUCCAUCCCUUCUGCACCUGCCCACUCUGGGACCACAUCUGCUCCAGGCACCACCAUCUCCCACAGGACCACCAGUAGAGCCCCGGGGACCCCAGGCUCACACACCGCCACACCCACACCCAACAAACCACACACUCCCUUCACCACUUACUCUGCACCCACCGGUUCCGUGUCAACCGCCUCCCACAGUACUGGUCCACCCACAGGAACCUCCUUCAAGACCACCAGCCUCUACCCCACUGCAUCUCCAUCCAAGACCACUCAUUCCACUCAUGUUCCCAAUACGGCCACCUCCUCGGUCACUCCCACUACUCACCGAGUCAUCACGCCAACCCAACCAGGGUCCCACCCUCCUCACGCCUCCACGGCCAGGCCAACUGGCAGCUCUCCUCCAACGACACAUGUCACAGGCACUGUGUCCUCACCCACGACCCCACCAGGAACCAUGACCACCACUGGGACCACCCUGGGCCCUCACUCUGUCAGCACCGCCAAAACCUCUACCUCCCUCGGAUCCCAUUCUUCUGCACCUGCCCACUCUGGGACCACAUCUGCUCCAGGCACCACCAUCUCCCACAGGACCACCAGUAGAGCCCCGGGGACCCCAGGCUCACACACCGCCACACCCACACCCAACAAACCACACACUCCCUUCACCACUUACUCUGCACCCACCGGUUCCGUGUCAACCGCCUCCCACAGUACAGGUCCACCCACAGGAACCUCCUUCAAGACCACCAGCCUCUACCCCACUGCAUCUCCAUCCAACACCACUCAUUCCACUCAUGUUCCCAAUACGGCCACCUCCUCGGUCACUCCCACUACUCAACGAGUCAUCACGCCAACCCAACCAGAGUCCCACCCUCCUCACGCCUCCACGGUCAGGCCAACUGGCAGCUCUCCUCCAACGACACACGUCACAGGCACUGUGUCCUCACCCUCGACCCCACCAGGAACCAUGACCACCACUGGGACCACCCUGGGCCCUCACUCUGUCAGCACCGCCAAAACCUCUACCUCCCUCGUAUCCCAUCCUUCUGCACCUGCCCACUCUGGGACCACAUCUGCUCCAGGCACCACCAUCUCCCACAGGACCACCAGUACCACCAUCUCCCACAGGACCACCAGUAGAGCCACGGGGACCCCUGGGACACACACUGCCACAGUGACACCCAGCUGGCCACAUACUAUGUUUACUUCUCACUCUGCUCCUACGGGUACCAUGUUUACCACCUCUCAGUCCACUUCUCUCACCUCAAAAGUUCCUUUGCCCAGCCUCAUGUCAUCCACUGUCGGGGUGACCACAAUCCCCAGUUCUCCAGGCACGAACCUCACCACCAGCACGCCCAGCUCCUCCAGUUCUGAGCCCGGCACAGACAUACCUAUGCUCACAGAGGUCUGCAGUGUGAGGGAGUUUCAGGAAGAGGUCACUUACCAGGGGUGCACGGCCAACGUGACAGUGACCCGCUGCGUGGGCGUCUGCGCCUCCACCACCAGCUUCAACACGUACACCAAUCAAGUGGACACACAGUGCAGCUGCUGCCACCCCGUCAGCUCCCAGGAGAAGCAGCUGACACUGCCCUGCCCAGACCCUGCGGCACCGGGCCAGCAGCUGGUGCUCACCCUGCACGUGUUCAGACGCUGCGCCUGCGGACCCUGGCACUGCAAAGACUAG